AGACCCAGCUGAGUCACUGUCACUGCCUACCAAUCUCGACCGGACCUCGACCGGCUCGUCUGUGUUGCCAAUCGACUCGGCGUGGCGUCGGUCGUGGUAGAUAGGCGGUCAUGCAUACGAAUUUUCAGCUCUUGUUCUGGUGACCUUUUGAAUACGUCUUGUCUAUAAAAGAAAUUCAUGCCUUUGUAAAAUACACAGAUUGAAAUCAUGGCAGGCCCAGAAAAUGAUGCGCAAUACCAGUUCACUGGUAUUAAAAAAUAUUUCAACUCUUAUACUGUCACAGGUAGACUGAACUGUGUACUGGCCACCUAUGGAAGCAUUGCUUUGAUUGUCUUAUAUUUCAAGUUAAGGUCCAAAAAAACUCCAGCUGUGAAAGCAACAUAAAUGGAUUUUAAACUGUCUACGGUUCUUAACCUCAUCUGUUAAGUUCCCAUGCCUGGAGAAGCUAAUGCCAACUCAUCAUGUGAUAAUUCAAUUUGUACAAUAAAUUAUGAACCUGGAAAA